CUGCUCUUCUCGACCCUGCUACAACCCGAGAGAAAAAAAAAAGGGAACCCGGCCAUGCCUUGGAAAACCGGUGAGGAGGCUUGAUUUUAUCCUUCUUUUCUUGUCCAAAAACCAGAUUUGAACCCAGAAAUUCUUCCCCCCUGUUUGGAAAUCCGGAUCUGCUUUGCUCUGUCUACCGGCUGCUCUUGAUUGUGGGUGAUUUCUGGGCAUUUUUUUCGCCCGUGAGCUUCUCCCCAAAUUCCCGCGGCCUCUUCCCCUUGCCAGGUCCAGUGCUGCUGCUAGGAAAAUUUUGGUAUGUUGAUUGCUCCAAGCCCGAAAUUUUAUUAGUUAAUUACUGCCCCAUAAGCUGUCCGAAUGUUUGCUAAAUUAGGGGAUAAUUCCGGUAGUUUUAGGACAAAUUUAAGCAUUAAUUUAAGUGGGAUUUAUGUGAUUGAAUGUUAAUUGACUGCUGUGAUUUUUGGAGAGAAAAUCCCAUGAGAUUAGCCAGUGUUUUGGCCAAUUUUGGAAGUUUGAGUUACUGUUCACGUUGUGGUUACUGCUCAUGACACUGUUCACAUAUUACUGUUCACACACCGAGUGUCAACAAUUAACGGGGAUUUAAAUGAUUAGUUUGUAAUAUAAGAACAAAUUUGGAGAUAUCUGAUAAUGUGGAGAUUUAUAGAAAUAGCAUCGUAAUUAAGGGUAGUCUUAAUGAUGAUUUCAGUUUGAAUUUGUGAUAGUCUGGUAUUACUUCUGGAAUAUUUUGAUUAGGUUCUUGAUCGUUCUGUCAGUUAGCACUGAGAUCGAGUCUUCGGUUUUAUGGAGUGAAUUUUCUAUGUUAUGCGAGUGAGGUAAGUAAAUUUAUGAUAAUGCCCGUACUAUUUUUAAAAACAUGUUUUGAUUUGUUUUUGAAGUGGUGGCGGGACUAAACCCGUUUUAUACAAAAGUAAGUAUAACUGAUUUGAAGUGAAAUUUUAUGCUUUUCAUUAAAUUGAGCAGGCCUACUUGAAAUUUAAUGGAUUGUCUUGAUGAUUUGAAAGUGAUUGUGAAUUAUGAUUUUUCUGUUAACUUCUACCUGUUUUGUCUCUGAUGUGGUUAUGUUAUUGAUGAUCCUGCUAGUGGGGGUUAAACGCUAGCACAUGUCGACAUGUUAUUGAUAGAACCGGUUCAUUCAACCCUGCUAGUGGGGGGUUAUACACAAGCAAAUAGUGUGCCUACCAGUGGGAGGUUUAUAACACUGGUCGUGACCUUUAGAGGAGACGUCUAUUUUGCUCCUGUACUGUAUCCGUUUUUCGUGAUUACACUUGUUAGCAUGCUAUGAGUUUAAUAAUGAGCACUCCAUAUUUUACUUACUGAGUUUAUCUUAUAGUUUUCCUUGUCCACCAUUUCAGGAAGGAAAAUCGAGGACGGGGAAACCAUGGGAAGUGACGAGUUAGAAGGCUAGUCAUUUCAAGAUUGAUAUAGAUUUUAGAUAUAGAUCAUGAUCUUGUAAAUUGGAUUUUAAUUGAAAAUUUUAUAAAUUCAUUGAAUGGAU